AUGAGUGUGAUCAUCGGCGGAGGAAAAGGUUUCAUUGGACAACGAUUGGUACAAUUGUUAAGAGAAAAAGGUUUUCAAAGUAUUUGGAUUGUAUCCAGGAAAACCGAUGGAAAAGGAAACACAUUAACAUGGGACGAAAUUCGAAAUGGAAAUCUCAGUUCAACGGUCAAACCAAUCAAAGCCAUCGUUAAUUUAGCUGGUGCGCCCUUGAUUAGUUUCCAACGAUGGACAGAUGAAUACAAGAAUGAAGUGAUUCAAAGUCGAAUUGGCACAACAAAAGCAUUUGUUGAUUUUGUUCGAGAUUUGAAAGAAGACAAACCAGAAGUUUACGUGUCAAUGUCGGGCGUUGGAUACUAUAAGCCGGAUCCAGUGCGAGAAUAUACAGAAACAUCCGAGGGUGGUGAUUUUGAUUUUCUUUCAAGACUAUCUAGAGAUUGGGAGCAAGCUUCAGAACCAAUUGAAACAAAAUUCAAUGUCCGAAGAGCUAUCCUACGCGCUGGAGCAGUACUAGGAUCAACAGGCGGAGUCAUUCGAUCGAUGUACUGGCCAUUCUUCUUCUCCUUAGGAGGACCCAUUGGAAGCGGUCAACAGCCUUUUCCAUGGAUUCACGUCGAUGAUGUUUGUUUAUUGAUUAUUCACGCUAUUCAAAAUAGUCAUGUACACGGUAUUUUAAAUGCUUGUGCACCGGACGUGAUCACUAACAAGCAAUUUUCUCAAACAUUCGCUCAUUCGUUUAGUCCACGCCGUCUAGCUAUAUUCCCUACGCCUGCCUUUCUUAUGAAUACUCUACUUGGUCACGAACGUGCAGUAGUUGUCACUGAAGGUCAACGAGUUAUCCCACGUGCAACAUUACAAUCAGGCUAUGUAUUUAAAUAUCCCACAAUCAAAUCAGCGAGUGAAGAUUUAGCCAAACUAUUCAAAUAA